UGCAUACCCCUAGUGGUUUGAGGAAGUAUUUUACAGUAUGACUGCACUUGUGAACACAUAGGUUAACAAAAUUUUGCACCUUACAACAUGUGGAUUGCUGUCGUCUUGAUUUCUUUGGCGUUAGUGGCCAUUGUCUUUAAAUAUUUGUUGACAACGCCUGAGCCGAACCCUUUUGGUAUCGAUACGCGCGAGCCGUUAAAGCCCAUGGUGUUUGACCGAAAGCUGAAGAACAAAGUCCUGAAACAAGGCUUCCUGGCCAGUAAAGUCCCCCAGGAUUUGGAUGCAAUAGUGGUUGGCAGUGGGAUUGGUGGAUUGGCAAUUGCUGUCCUGUUGGCUAAAGUUGGUAAGAAGGUUCUGGUUCUGGAGCAACAUGACCGGGCUGGAGGAUGCUGUCACACCUUCACAGAGCAAGGCUUUGAGUUUGAUGUUGGUAUCCACUAUAUUGGGGAACUGCAGGAUCACAGGCAACUUCGCUGUGUGAUAGACCAGUUGACCAAUGGGCAGCUGCAGUGGGAGCCGCUGGAUAACCCGUAUGAUAAAGUGGUCCUGGGUCCACCAGAAAAUCGGCGCAUAUACCCCAUCUACAGUGGACGGAAACGCUAUAUAGACGAACUGAAGAAGUGCUUCCCAGGGGAGGAAGAGGCCAUUGAGGAAUAUGUGAGACUUUCCAUGAAAGUUGGGAGAGGCGUAUGGUUCCUGGUUCUGCUGAAGCUCCUCCCAAUUCCUCUUGCAAAGUUCCUGGUGUACACAGGCCUGGCCAAAUGGCUCUCUAUCUUUUUCCGCUAUGCGUCCCGCAGCCUGACAGAUGUUGUGAAUGAGCUCACACAGAAUAAGGACCUGAGAGCUGUGUUGUGCUACAUCUUUGGGACCUAUGGUAAAAUGCCCAAAGAAGCAAGCUUUUCCAUGCACAGUUUGCUUCUGUGCCACUUCAUGAAUGGUGCCUGGUACCCGAAGGGUGGUGCUAGUGAGAUCGCCUACCACAUGAUCCCCAUCAUUGAGAAGGCUGGAGGUGCUGUGCUUGUUAGAGCACCUGUCAACCGCAUACUCCUCAAUGAUGCUAAAGAGGCUAUAGGCGUGAGUGUUCUGAAGGGGCAGGAGGAGGUGCAUAUACAUGCUCCCAUGGUGAUUUCAGAUGCUGGAAUCUUUAAUACAUACCAGCAUCUCCUGCCUAAAGAUGUGCAGACUAUGCCUGCGAUCCAAAAACAGCUGAGUAUGGUGCAGCACGGAGAUGGGGGUCUCAGUAUUUUUAUUGGCGUGGAUGGGACAAAGGAGGAGCUGGACCUAACAGCGGACAAUUUCAUUAUCUUCCCUGAGAACAAUUUGGAUGAGCUGAUGGAGAGUUACAUGAAAGGGAGCAGGGAAGAUUCUUCUAAAAGUCCCCCUUUGAUUUUUGUGGCCUCGCCUUCAGCCAAAGACCCAACCUGGCCAGAAAGAAAACCAGGUAAAUCCACCUUGACUGUUGUUAGCUUUGCUAACUAUGAAUGGUUUGAAGAGUGGAAAGAUGACAAAAUCAAGAACAGAAGCGCAGAUUAUAAGGAGCUGAAGCAGGCGUUCAUCAAUAACAUAUUAGAAGCAGUGACUGAGAUCUUUCCUAAGAUCAAGGACAGGAUUGAAUUUGUGGAUGCAGGCACCCCAAUCACAAAUCAGCAUUACAUAGGCGCUCCUAAAGGGGAGAUCUAUGGCGCUGAUCAUGGAAUUCCUCGCUUCAGCCCUGAACUAAAUGCCAUCAUCAGACCACAGACACCAGUUAAAAACCUCUUCCUCACAGGUCAGGAUAUGAUGAUGUGUGGUUUUGCUGGAGCGUUAGCAGGAGCGCUGACGUGUGGUACUGUCAUCCUGAAACGUAAUCUUCAUCUGGAAGCCAUCAGUCUUGCCAGAAAAGCCAAGAAUUGCAACAACAAGAAGAAGGAAUAAGUGUCUGUAACACAUAAUCAUUCAUGUGUGUGUAAAUCUGAUAUAUUCAUAAUAUAUAUAUAUAUAUAUAUACGAACAGAAGAACAGUGGGAGGAUCUGUGUGAUUUAUUUAAAAAAUUAACCACUGCGCAACCUAACAAUGCAGUUAACCAAGUGCCUUACUGGUUUAAAACACAACUAUAAUUUCAAAUCUACUUUUAAAGGGGAAAAAAAAAAUCUGAUUCAGUCAAAUGGUUUCACUGUACUUAACUAAAUAAUGCACUUAAUCAAGGGUUUUGUAAAAACAAUGCUGCUGUUAUAAUUACAUUUUACUAAACCCAUUUACCUUUGUGUGUGUGUGCGCGUGUGAAAAGCAGAAGAGGGAAGACAGAUUGUUUGCAAUGUGUAAUUUGGGUUUUUGUAACUAACUAAACUGAAGUCUUGUUGCUCUUAGAUUUAAUUAUUGUGGAUCUAGGCCUCUAGAAAAUGUGGGUUUACAUGCAAAUGAUAUAUUUGAGAAGCUGUCUGAUGAUGGCAUGUGCACAUUUACCUGUGUUUUGCUAUUUGCAGUGAUAUUCCAGACUUGUAUAAAUCUGGCUAUAAAUGUGCUCAUUAAUAUACGAAUAAAUAUGUUGAUUUAAACAACAAA